AUGCCUGCCGCACUGCAGGAUCAUCACCGAGCUCUCAUCUACAAACCCUCACGGCACCAGACGCUCAUCAACGAACCCGGGGUCACUGUCACCAUGUCCAACGAUGAAGAGAUCAAACUGGAGCCGAUGAACUUCUACGAUAAGCCAAACAAGAAAAAGUCUUUGCGGGCGAUCUUAGACAUUCUAAGCAAUACGAAUAGCGAUGCCGCCUGGAAGAAUUUGCCCCCUUUUCUCACCGGAAUGGUCCUGGCAAAAGAGACAAUCCCCACAUUCUUCUUCGAAAAGAUCACAAGAAAAGCGAGCGAAAUGGGCAAAGAACGCAUAAUAAUCCUUUGCGCAGAGAAGGCAGAUGAGACUGGUUUGAGGCUGUCGAAGAAGGGUGUAGCAAGAGAAUUGAUGCUUGGCCUUCACACUCGUGCUGCUCUUGCGGACUUCAAAGGCGAUGAGCUGGAAUUGGCGUCUCGACGAGCCGAAAGGGUGGCGCGAAUGCUCGAAGAUGAGUUGCACGGCGCCACAAAGCUCAAGGAGGAUGAGGUCGAUUCUCGAAAGUCGCCUCUGGUUGCGAGCGUGUUGACGGAGCUCGCAGCAGCAAAGGCAGUCAAUGGAUUGGAUUCCGAUGUGGCCAAGGCCGCAAACUACGCGACAAAGAUGCUCCACCUUGCAUCAGCAGGUUCUCAUGCCGGCUCAGUCAAGCCGCCAACCGGGACGGGCAAGAUUGAAACGCGCACUUUGGAGAACACCGUGCUUGAGGACCUCUUGCCGCUGCAGAGUGCGAUCAAGUUAACCUUGGAGCUCGACUCUAUCAAAAAGUCUUCUCUUGGAAAGCAACUUACAGCACAACUGAAAAGGGCGACCAGUACAAUCGAGCAGAGUCUGAAGAUACUCCGCGAGAAUGCAGAUGGUCAACCCAGACGAGGCCUCGAGAUGUAUGAUCAGCUCCACGGGACGCAGUACAAUGAGGUUGCAACUGCCCCGGCUGGCAAGGAGUAA